AUGUCAGCAGAAAUGGAUGGAGAUGAUAAUUUGGAUGCAAAUAUGGAUGAAUAUUACGAAAAUGAUCAACACAAUGAUUUAAGAAUAAAUGCUCAAAUCUCUUUGAAUUCUUCGAAAAGGCAGUUUUCACCUGGUAAUUCUUUUAUUGCCUUUUCAAAUCGCCCUGAAAUCGCUUCAGCGGCGUGUGGAUCAGAAUUCUCAAAAAUAUCGGCCGAUGACGUAUAUGUACCACCCCAUCACGAUUCCAAGACUGAAGGCUAUAUCAAACUGAAUAUAUCAAAUCUGGCUUCAUUACGACAAAAAGUUUCCACUUCUUUUCAUAUUAUUGCAAAUUUACCAUGGCGCUUAGCGGCCAAGACCGAAUGCACAAAACGUACGAGCAAUGUUAAAUUCUUCAGUGUUUAUAUUGAUUGUAAUCCAGAAAGUGAGUCGACUUUAUGGAGUUGUGAUGCAGUUGUCGAAUUUCGUCUGCUUUCUCAUAAUUCAAUUAUUUCGAACUUCAGUCGCCAAUUUACCAACAAAUUCAAUUACAAUUCAAAUAACUGGGGAUUCCCUUCAUUUAUGGAAUGGAAUGAGAUUCUUAAUCCUGAAAAAGGAUAUAUUCGAGAAGAUCGAGUUGUUGUUGAAGCGUAUAUCAAAGUACAAAAGGUUGUUGGUGUCAGAAAAAAUCCAGUUUUUGAUUUCACUCUUUCGCAACCACAUAUAUCUGAUGGAAUUUUGGUAAUUGAUGGACUUCGUCUGCAUGUGAGCAAAUCGUAUUUAGCUUUAUAUUCACCUGUAUUCCAUGCCUUGUUUUUUUCGAAAUUCAGUGAAAGAGAUAAAAAGGAAAUAACGGUGGAAGAUGUAAUAUUAGAUGAAUUUAUUGAGCUGUUAAAUGUGGUUUAUCCAUCACAUAAGCCCGUGACAGCUGAAAAUGUGGAAUUUUUGCUCGAACUAGGUGACAAAUUUGAGAUUCAGUUCGUUAUUGAUGAAUGUGAACGAUUUCUCAUGAGAUCCGAUGAUAUUGCUGUUGUGACAAAGUUAGUUUGGGCUGAUCAAUACUGCUUAGCCAAACUUCAGGACGUUUGUGUCCGUACGUUCAAAACCCCAAAUGAUAUCAAAAUAUUGAAACAGUCGGAAGAAUACAAGAAUUUAAGCGACACAACAAAAGCAGCUCUACUGGAAAAAAUAUUCAAAUUACUUUGA